AUUGGUGAAUCUUCUGCAUCUGUUUCUCUGGCCCAGCUUAUUCAGACUGCUGACCUGACCCAAGUCAAUGCUUCCGAAGAAGAUAAAAUAAAAGCUGUGAUGAUACAGUCUUGCCUUCAGUAUGACCCAAUCAAUUACAUGAAGAAACUUCCAGAAUCCUACACUUGUUUUCAUUGUGGACAGCCUGGCCCCCAUAUAAGGAACUGCCCAACAGUUGGGGACAGAAAUUUUGAGCCUGUUCCCAGAAUUAAGGAGAGCACAGGAAUUCCAAGAAGUUUCCUGACGGAGGUGGAGGAUCCCAGUACAAAGGGUGCUAUGGUGACACAGACUGGCACCUGCGCAAUCCCAGUUAUUAAUGCGGAAGCUUAUGGUAAAGGAAAGAAGGAGAAGCCUCCUUUUUUACCAGAGGAGCCGUCCUCCUGCUCCUCAGAUGAUCCCGUUCCUGAGGAGUUGUUAUGUCCUAUCUGUAAAGAAAUAAUGACUGAUGCAGCUGUUAUUCCCUGCUGUGGAAACAGUUACUGUGAUGAAUGUAUUAGAACGGCACUACUGGAAUCUGAGGCACGCACAUGCCUGACGUGUCAUCAGACAGAUGUUUCUCCUGAUGCUUUAGUUGCCAACAGGUUCCUACGCCAG